GUUAUUGUAAUAAGCGAUUCAAGAUUUUGUCGGUAAGAGUUUGUUUAUACAUUAUGGUUUGUGGUAAGACCGGUCCUGCCUGCCACGUGUGCAGCAUUGACUUUUCCCGCGCGUAGUGGUCGCCAAGUAAACAGGGGGAUAACAAACUGAGAGAGAGCUCUUUCUUACAAGUUAGUUAGGUUUUCGUGUAAUAGAUCUCUAGAGAGAGAGAGAGAUCCCAAAAGAAUCAAAUCUGAGAGGAUGCCGUACUACACCAACAACGAGGACGACGUGGACGACUUCAACGACUACGAUCCGACGCCGUACAGCGGAGGCUAUGACAUCACCGUCACCUACGGCCGCUCUCUCCCUCCUUCCGACGAGACUUGCUACCCUCUCUCCUCUCGCUCCGGCGACGCCUUCGAGUACCAGCGACCCGUGUUUUCUUCCACCCACGACGAGCCCGCUGCUUACGGCGACCAGGCUGUCAGCACCGAGUACAGUAGCUACGCCCGGCCCAAGACCCGACCCGAAGGCGGGAAGAGACCUGAGUACGGUACUGGAUCUGGAUCUGAGUUUGGCCGGAAACCUGAUUCCGGACACGGCGGAAGGACGGAGGUGGAGUACGGACGGAGGCCUGAAUCUGGUGGUUAUGGCGGAGGAAGGACGGAGGUUGAGUAUGGCCGGAAACCUGAAUCGGAGCACGGAUCUGGCUAUGGCCGUCGCAAGGAUGAGGAUGAUGAUAAGAAAGAGAGCCACGACCACAAAAAAUAUAGUGGCAAGGACUCUGAUGCUGAUGAGAUGCCCAAGAUGAAGGAGAAGGAGAAGAAGAAGGAUAAGGAUAAGAAGAAAGAUGGGUAUAACUCUGGCGAUGAUGAGAAGAAGAAGAACAAGAACAAGGACAAGGACCAUCAUGAUGAUUAUGACGAGAAAAAGAAGAACAAAAACAAGGACCAUGACUAUGAUGAGAAAAAGAAGAAGAAGGACUAUCAUCAUGGUAGUGAUGAUGACAAGAAGAAGAAAAAGGACUAUCAUCAUGGUAGUGGUGAGGACAAGAAGAAUAAGAAGAAGGAUCAUUAUGGUAGUGAUGAGGAUAAGAAGAAGAAUAAGAAGGAUAAGCAUCACAAGGGACACCGUGAAUACGAUGACUAGAAAACCCCUUCUUUCCUACAUAAGGCAUUGUGCAUCGCAACUGCCAAGCUUUUAAGUCACUAGUUAAUGUAACCCCACGCUCACUUUUCUCUAAGCUUUAUGUCAAUUGUUGUUUUGCUUUCCCAUUUGUGUUAUCUUCUAUAAGACAUUAACAUAUGCAGUAUGACCUUUCUAGUGAUGUAUUUUGGUUUAAAAUUGAACCAGUCUGUUUGUUACAUUCCCA